GACGACGUUCGGUGCAAUAUUCCGUGACUGCCAUUCCGUAUCUUGACCUUCGAGAAAGUAUUCUCGAAGGCCCGCCAGCCCAGUUUCGGUGUUGGUGAGCUUGGCUACUUCCGCAAGAAGAACAAUCCAACCGUAGCGUUAGGGUACGUUCGGAACAUCACCUGCACGGCCUCGCGAUGAGUUCCUCAGAUGACAUGUUGGCACUAAGCAAUGAGACUGUAAGAAAUUCCACCUUUUUCGCUUAUAUUGGACAAUACAUAGACUUGGACUAUUCCAUCUGGUUGUAUCGGUUGCUGACACCGAUACUGGUUACAUUCCUGCUGCCUUGUGCAUUUGUACUGCUGAUUUAUUGUACCAUAUCGUUUCUUUACAUUUACAAGCUUCACAGGUAAGCUAGAAUAUUGCUUUGGAAGAUUCAAGGUGACUUUGACUUUUGGGACGUCGCUCGGACCUUAGUGGCGGUAGUUUGGGAUGCUCACGGAUGGAUAUUUCAUGGUUAUGAGGUGUGCGGUUUAGAAAACCUUCCGGAUUCUGGCCCGGCACUAAUCAUAUACUAUCACGGGGCCAUUCCAAUAGACAUGUACUACUUUACCGCGCGGGUAUACCUGAAGCGCCAACGACUGAUCUACACCGUUGGGGACCGUUUCCUCAAUAAAGUACCCGGCUGGACGCUAUUGGCGCGCGUCAUGAAGAUCAGCCCUGGUACGGUACAGUCGUGCGCGAGCGUGCUCCGUGACGGCAACAUGCUUUCGAUAGCGCCGGGUGGCGUGUACGAGGCACAGUUUGGUGACAGCAAUUACGAGUUGCUGUGGAGGAGAAGAGUUGGCUUCGCGAAAGUAGCCAUCGAGUCCAAAGCGCCUAUUAUUCCUAUGUUUACUGAAAACCUGCGCGAGGGUUUUCGCUCCGUCGGUCUAGCCAAGCGACUGUUCAUUAAGCUGUACAAUGCGGUACGGUUUCCGGUGCGGCCGAUUUACGGUGGUUUUCCGGUAAAAUUCCGUACGCAUCUUGGCGCACCGAUACCGUUCGAUCCGACCUUGACGCCCGAGGAUCUGCAGGAGAAGGUAGCGUACGCCAUCGAAGAGCUUAUCAACAAGCACCAGCGCAUACCGGGCAGCAUAUUCCACGGUUUGCUCGACCGUUUCAUUCACAAGAAAAAAGCCCAAUGAAACGGAAGCUGCGGGGAGUCUACGUAAGGUGACUUUCCAUCUUCGCUACCACACAAUGUUAAACUGGUGCUGCAAAUCAUU